AUGUCGUCGUUUAAGUCCGAGUACCCUUUUGAAAAGCGCAAAGCAGAGUCGGAGCGUAUUUGUUCGCAGUUUGAGAACCGCGUGCCGGUAAUCUGUGAGCGUGCAGAGAAGUCUGAUAUCCCAGAGGUGGAUCGGCGCAAGUACUUGGUCCCAGCGGACCUUACCGUGGGUCAGUUCGUGUAUGUAAUCAGACGGCGGAUCAAGCUCCCUGCGGAGAAGGCUAUCUUCAUCUUUGUCAAUGACACGUUGCCACCGACGGCGGCACUUAUGUUUGCAGUCUACCAAGAGCACAAGGAUAAGGAUGGGUUUCUCUACGUCAAGUAUUCGGGCGAGAAUACGUUUGGGUCGGAAGAGAAUCAGUAA